AGCACAGUUUCCAAAUGUCAACUAGGGCCAUAGCGAGCCAAGUUCGAGCUUGAGAAGGUUAGAAUACUUAGGCUUGGCUUGCUAUUCAUCUCGAUGGGUCAUGCCAACAUUAUUGGAGUUUAAUUAGUCUAUUACAAGAUGAAGGGUAUUUUAGUAAAACAGCUCACGAGCAGUGUCUUCUUUUGAGAAACCAAUCUGUCCAACAACCGCUGGCAUUUCUCCCUCCUAGAUCCCUUAUUAUAGAAUUGAAUCAAUUAUAAACACGAGAGGAUCGAGUGAACACAUUGAUCAACUUUACUUUGUGCAGAAACUAAAGAGUUUGAAACUUGAAAAGGAGAGAGAAUAAAAAUGUUGUAUGUUAUGAGUCCAAAGUGCUUAUUCUUCUACACUUUGCAGCUUCUAAUUUUAUUGCAAGCCAAAGUGUUUUGUUUUCAGCACAAAGUUGGAGACUUAAGCGCUUGGAACAUCCCUACUGCUGCUAAUCCAGAUGUCUACAUCAAAUGGUCCAAUAAAACCAGUUUCAGAGUAGGCGAUUCUCUUAUGUUUUUGUACCCACCAAGCCAAGAUUCAGUAAUACAAGUAACACCACAAUCAUACAAAACAUGCAACCUAAAAGAUCCAAUCUUGUUCAUGAAUGAUGGAAACUCAUUGUUCAACAUAACACAACCUGGAGAUUUCUACUUCACAAGUGGAGAAGUAGGACAUUGCCAAAAAGGCCAGAAACUUCACAUCUUUCUUGAUGGAAAAGGCGCUAUUGCUUACGCACCAUCAGAGGCAGAGACUGCAGCUGAUGGACCUUCUUACCAACAAAAUUUUGGGUCUAUUCCAACUGCAUCUGCUUCUUCUAUCAGAUUUUCUACAGUUUUGGGUUCUUUGAUUGUUUUUGCAAACUGGGUUCUUGUUUAAUUCAUGUAAUCAAAUACAAUGAGCCAUAUUCUUCAAUUUUUUUGUCGGUCGAUUAUUUUUAUAAUUAAUUAUUGGACUUAGGGUCCUACUUUUGAUUUGUAUUGAUUCUUUUAAUGAAAUUGUUAUAGUGUAUAACCAUGCUUUGCUUUUGUGUU